AUGGCCCGUGGAAUAUCUGGAACAGUAAGUAUGGAAGUGAGCAAGGAAGCCGUCAAAAUCCAGGCGCCACCCAUCUCCAAAUGCGCCUUCGAGGCUGCAUUCCUAGACGAUGGAGUUGGGCAAGCUACCCCAGGUCGAUCCCGAAGCACAUGCAAAGUAGAUGUCAUGGCUGCCGAUAUACUUGCUGCGGCUGAUGAGUUGAUCUUUGCAUUGCAGGGAUUGGUAGUCUUGGGCAGCGUAGUCGGUUCUGCUAGACAGGAGGGUCCGUAG